CUGUUGGGCAAAGGUUGAUCAGAGCAGUAACACGCCUUCAAAAGAAAGCUUCGAACCGCGUCAGGUUUCAUUUUUUUUUUCCUUUCCUACUUCCCCAAACAGUUGUGCUGCUUCACCUCGACAUCAAAGUGUGUCUGCAUGAGGAACAAUUGACUCCUCGGUGGUCUGGAACGGCUCGCAACUUGGAAAAACUGUGAGUUGGGACACUCGAAAGUCAAGAAGAUGGAUGAGAUGAAGUUUGAUGCGGGCAGCGCGGCGGCUCCUUCCGCCGACGUUCCUCCCCCUCUGAAGCAAGGCGAGACAUUCCACGUCUUCAUCAGCUACAGCAGCACCGACUCCCAGUGGACCCACUCGCUUAUCCAGCAGCUGGAAGCCCAGGGCCUGCACGUCUGCUACCACGAGCGCGAUUUCACGGCCGGCCGCACCGUGCUGGAGAACAUGUCCGAGUGCAUCCAGGAGAGCCAGAAGGUCCUGCUGGUCCUCAGCUCGGAGUUCGUCAGGAGCCGUUGGUGUCUCCUGGAGGCCAACAUGUCUCUGUUCAGGGACUGCCUGGAGAGGAAGCCCAUCGUCCCCGUGCUUCUGGAGCCGGCCGUCUGCGUCCCGCUUCACCUGUGCCACCUCACCUACCUGGAGGCUCGGGACGCCGACUUUAUGGCCAAGCUGCUGAAGGUGCUCUUCACCCCCAACCGGCAGCUCCAAGGCUCCACGGUGGUUCCCUACCAGCCUCCGUCCAUCUACAACGGGAAGGCCCUGCAGCCUUUAACUGCUGCUAACGUGGAAAGUCUUUACAAGUGGGAUGCGGGGCAGUUCAGUGACAUGGACGUACCGGACCAACUGCGCCUGAUCAUUGAAGACCCAGAGAAGUACAGGAAGGCCAUCGCCAUCAUCAACAGUGUGUCUCAGCAGAAAGUUUACCCAAAAUGGUUACAAGCAAUUGUGGCUGCUGUCGCGAGUAUAUUUUAUUUAACUUUAGUAGGCCUAUUCGCAUUUAUGAUCACUCUCCUCGCGUUGAAUCACAGCACGUAUGUCUGCCAACUGGUGUUCUUUUGUCUAUGCUGCGUUUUAAUUGGUGCGCUGGUUCAGGGGGCGCUCACCAAGAGGGAUGGUGUGGCUCACACGGUCAAGCAGAUGCAAAAGGCAGCCGGUCAGGCAAACGUCAUCCUCUGUGAGGAAAAGAUCUUAAUGGGCUGUCAGUCCAAUUCAAAAGUCUACAUGGUCUACGUUUCUCUGAGUGCGUGUCAGCGGGAGUUUGUGGAGCUCUUCUCCGAGCGGGCCAACGCGGAGAGCCUGUUUCAAAGAGCUUUGCUUUAUUUCUCGUCAGGCUACGCCUGCUGCCUAGCCAAAAGAAGCUUCCCCUUCCCAAUGCCUGCAUCCCGCGGUCACUUGGAGGGAGGCGUGUGCUUCUGUCAGUACGUCUCGAUGCAGCUGACUCGGGGGGAGUGGAUGUGAGAGGGCCUGCGUGCUGGCCGCAUCAUUAGAAGAUGGAUGAGAUAAGAACUGAUGCGGGCAAUGCCGCGGCUCCUUCCGCUGACGUUCCUCCCCCUCUGAAGCAAGGCGAGACAUUCC